AUGGCUAAGUUGGUGAAACAUGAAGGCAACAGCAUUGAUAGACUAAGUAAUUUACCAGAUUCAAUUAUACAUCACAUCCUAUCAUUACUUCCCACAAAAUUUGCAGUCCGUACUUCCGUUUUAUCAACUAGAUGGAGGUUUCUUUCUACUUCAGUUUCUACUCUUGAUUUUUAUGAUUAUGAGAAUCCUUCCGAAAGGUUUAUGAAUUUUGUGGACAGAGUGUUGUUGUUCCAUAAUGCGGCAUGUAUUAAGAGAUUUCGUCUCAUUUGUGGUGGAUUCCAUGGAGAUGUUGACGCUUAUAGAAUUUGUGGUUGGAUAUCUUUUGUAUUGCGGCAAUGUCUUCAAGAACUUUAUUUAGAGAUACAGAUUGGAGACCCAAGGGGUAUGCUACCUCUGAGUCUCUUUAGGAAUAAGACACUCACGAAAUUGGAGCUAGAUGUUUCAAAGUUUGUUAUGACCAUUCCUACUAAGGUCUGCCUUCCAAGUCUUAAGAGUCUCCAUCUUGACUGUUUAGAAUUUGUCGAUGAUGAUUCAGUUCGAAGGCUUUUCUCUAGUUGCCCUGUGCUUGAAGACUUGUUUAUAUGCUCUUGUCUUUGGCGCAAUGUUAAAGAGUUAAAUAUUUCUAAUCCUUCACUCAAGAGAUUGACUUUGAACUUUUUCGGUGAUUGUGGCCAACUUUUUCAUGUUGUCAUUGAUGCCCCAAAUCUUGUCUACUUCAAAUUCUAUGGGACUUUAGUAGAGAGAUAUUCAUUUGUAAACCUACAUUCUCUUGCAAAGGUUGAUAUGAGAAAUCUAGUUAAUCUUGAAGAAACAUUGGUCAACCAAGAUGCUGCAACUAAUUUUUUUAAUGGAAUUAGUAAUAUUCGAUCACUUUAUUGCAAUGAUGAUUUAUUGUGGCCUCUAAGUUUGUGCAACAAGCUCGUGCCCGUGUUUCGUAACCUGGUUCAUGUAGAGAUUAGAAGAAAAUGUUUGAGGCAAAGAUCUGGAUUGGAUGAGUUACUUGAAAGUUCAAUUAGCUUGAAGACUCUUGUUAUUCAUAAUGGAGCUUUUGGAGAUCUAUUUUGGUAUCGACCUGAAAAGGUACCUUCUUGUCUCUUGUCUCACUUUAAGGUGAUUGAAAUCUAUUCAUUUAGUGAUGGCAGAACAUUUCCACACUGUUUGGGACUUGGGGAGGUAAAGCAGAUGGCGGCAACAUUUACUAGAGGAGCUCAUACAAUUAAUUCCAUAUUUUCCAAGCCAACAAUAAGAAAGAACUGCAGCAAGGGCAGCAGUUGCGGUGAUACACGACGUGAGCCCAUGAAACUGGAAGCUGAGGAAGUGAAGAAGAAUAGCAUGGGAGGUCAACAUGAUGGGAGUUGGUGGGUUCCCCAUGACCGGACUGGAAUAUAUUAUCCCAAGGGCCAAGAGAAAGUGAUGGCUGAUGUCCCUGCUGCAGCUGGGAAGGAUGCUCAGAUCAAUUGGUUCUCACACCACUAG